AUGACGUACAACCGAACAAGCUUCGACGCCUACCACUGGCUGCCGGAAGAGAACCCGGCCAACAUUAUCGAAAUACCCACCGAUGAAGAAGACAACACACACACAUCAGGCCUUCCCUAUGCAGAUCCUGUAGACGAAGCUCCCCAAGAAACCGAGCCAAGCGCCGAGGCCAAGGCUGCCUCAACCGCGUUCCGGGACGCCAUCCGACGCAGCAUGCCCGUCUACCUAAUGUCCUUCCACGUGCGGGAGUAUCUACGUGGGACCGCCGUACCGCUGCUCGAGAUGGCCAUUUGCAGCGGCGUCGAGCUCGCCGCCGUGUCCAUCGACGACAACGGGCUGCCGACGUGGCCCGGCCUGCACUCGUGGGACCCCGAGGCACACUCGUUGCACCACGUGCUGCAGGCGCGGCUCUUCGAGUGCCGCGACGUCGAGGCCGUCGUCAAUGCGCGUCGUGUGCUGCCGGCGCUCGUGCAGCUCGGCAACGAGCGGCUGGCCGAGGCCGUGGCGCUCGACCUGCGGCUCAGCGACCUGACCAUCGGCUUGGACCUGCUGCCGACCUGGGGCGGCCGCGACGGCGACGAGGCCAGCGUCACCACGAUAGAGACCGGCAGCAGCGUGCACAGCGACGACAUGCCGCCGCCGUGGUCUACCGCCGAAGCCGAAGCGGACCGGGUGGCGGCGGAAGAGGAGGCUCAGCUGCCGAGCGCGUGGAGCUCCGACACGGACUCCUCGGACGCGGACGCGGCGCCCGAGCCCGCGUCCGAAUGCGACGACGAAGUCAGCCUCUUCAACUUCGUCAACGAAAACCCCACCUUUGAGGAGCUCAGCGGAGAGGUGCCGCUGACGCACAUCAUCCACGACGUCGAGGUGUACGGCGCGGCCUCCGUGGCCUGCGGCCAUACGCUCGACUUUGGCGUGUACCUCGCGCGCGACGACGACUCGGACGUGGACGAGCUGCCCGAGGUGGAGCUGGCGGUGGACGAGGAGACGUUUGCGCACCACUACCACCUGGCGGACGCCAUCGACGUGGAGCUCGCGGGCGAGGGGAUCUACUGCGUGAUCCCGAGGGGCGAGGCGGCCGCCGCGGAAGUCGCGGAAAAGCUGGAGGAGGUGUCGGAAUGCACCAUGGAUUCGACGGAGGAGGGGGAGGAAGGGUCGUCGGCGAACGAGCCGGUGACGCCGACGAGCGCGGGGGACGGGCAGGUGCAGACCGACUGGAUCGUGUUGUAG